AUGUCUUCGGUGGUCGCAGAUCAUAUAACGACACUACUUUGCAAAAAUCAAGGAUGUUUAGACUUCGAGAGUCUUGACAGCAGUUUACGACAAAGGUUCACCGUUGCCAACGAAGUAUUUUUAAACGUUUUGUCUGAUAAUUCCAGGUUUGUCAUUAUUGAAGGUGACAAACCCAGUGUUGAUUCAGUCUUGAGUCCUAACAGCGUAAUAAUCGCGAAGACACCGUUGCGUGUCUGUCAAGACCUUUCAUUUAAAUGCGGGCAGUGUGAGAACUUACACCUGUGCAGGUACUUUGUAUGCGGAAAAUGCAGAUAUGGGGCCAAAUGCAAGAACUCCCAUGAGCUGGCUACUGUACACAAUAAAAGGUUAUUGCAGAAAGUAGGACUUCAGCAUCUUGUGGAGUCAGAAUUGUUUCAGCUUUUGCUCCAGAAUGAUCCAUACUUGCUACCGGAGGUCUGCUCGCAUUACAACCAUGGCAACGAAGAACACGGCUCCUGUAAAUUCAAGGCAGCCUGCACAAAUCUCCACAUCUGCCAACACUUUCUGCAGGACAGCUGUAAGUUUGGCGCUAACUGCAAACGUGCACACACAUUUGCAAAUUGUAUGAACAUCCUGAACGGCAGGGGCCUCAGUCCAGAAAACCUUCGAAUCCUCCACAAGAUUUAUAAGAACAGGUUCCUGAUAACUCAGCAAAAGGAGAAACCAGUCAAGAAGAUCCCUGAGAAAGAGCGUCCCAAACAGUCAUCUACCAACCCUAUCAGUGAUGCAGAUCGGAACGGAAUCUGUCUCUUCUUCAUCCGCAGAGGAUGCAGCUUCAAAGAGAAAUGUGUGCGUGUCCACUACCAUCUGCCUUACAGAUGGCAGGUCUUGGAUAAGGAUGGUGUGACCUGGAAAGACUUGCCCAAUGGAGAGGACAUUGAAAAGGCCUUUUGUAACCCAAUCAAUGUGUUAAAUGUUGCCCUCAGUGAUGCAGGCAGUCACUCCGUGAACUUCAUCACAAUGACUUGUAGAGGGUCAUCGGUUCGUCGUCUGUCCACUGCGUCUGCUAUAAGUAAACCACCUCACUUCAUCCUGACCACGGAGUGGCGCUGGUAUUGGAGGGAUAAUGAUGGAGACUGGAUUGAAUAUGGCCAGGGGGAAGAUGCAAGGCUACUGGCCUCUAUCACCUCCCAAACUCUGGAGAAUCUAUAUCUGGCUGACACAAGCAGUGAAAUUCCAUUCAGUUCUCCAGCUCAUAAAUACAUUCUCAGCUUCAAAGGUAUGUACCAGCAAAAUAUCAGACACAAAACGAAAAGAGAGAUUCGAAGAAGACCACGUUUUGUUUCUGCUCAGGAGGUUGAGAGCAAGUUGAAAAGUGUGUCUCCAGAAACCUCCAGCUCUGCCUCUGUGGAUAUACCCAAUGACUGGGACAAAGCAGCAGUGGACAGUCUCUCUUACAAGCUUGUUCCCCUUGCAAAUUCGGGAUCUAAGUACACAAUGGUCGAGAAGUUGUUUAAAAGGACAAUGACUCACAGAAUCAUCCACAGUAUUAAAAGAGUGCAGAAUCCCUCUCUUUGGAAGAUGUUCCAGUGGCAAAAAGAGCAGAUGAAGGAGAGAAACGGAGGGAAGGAGGUGUUUGAUCGCUACCUUUUCCAUGGCACUGAUCCGUCACUGGUGGAUGCUAUCUGUGAGCAGAACUUUGACUGGAGGAUCUGUGGAGUUCAUGGCACACUUUAUGGAAAAGGGAGUUACUUUGCCAGAGAUGCUGUGUACUCUGACAAAUAUGCUUCAUCCUCAAACGGCAGAAAGACGAUGUUUCUGGCCCUGGUUCUUGUUGGAGAAUCUACCAGAGGUAACAGUACUUACCUACGUCCUCCACAGAAAGGAAGCAACAAGGGUUUCUAUGACAGCUGUGUGGAUAAUGAAAGCAAUCCAGCCAUUUUUGUCAUCUUUGAGAAAUAUCAAAUUUAUCCAGAGUUUCUUAUAGAGUACUCUUAAGGUAACAUGUAAGGUCAUCUUCAAGAUUCAAGAUUCCAGAAAUUUAUUUGUCACAUGCUUGAUUGUACAAGUACAGCAGUAGUGAAAUGAAUUGCAACAACUCCAGCAACUGUGCAAACGUAACGCUAUAUACCAGUAUAAGAUGAAAUAAAGAAAAGAAAAAAUAUAAAGCUAAAUACAGGGAAAGUAACGGAGAAUCAAUCUAAAAAUAAU